CUUGCUACAUGGCAUCACAGAUUCUGACAAUUGUUUGUCUUGACUGGUCGAUCCAAUAAAUAAAUAAUCGCCGGAUAAGCAAAGACUAAGAAAUUCGUUCAACCUACAAAAAUUAUUUUUUAGAGGUGUCUCUUAUUCAUUCACCAUGUUUAGUAAAAGCCUUUUUGUCUUGGCUGUAAUAUUUAUCGUUGCUGUUUUUUCUAUUUGUGACGCUCGUUACAUAAAGAAGCACUUAAAGCAUCAUGACAGAAGUUCAAAGAAAAACCGUAUCCGUCAUGUCCAAGUGAGGCCUGGGAAGAAGCAAAUGCUAGGAGGAUUACAAGGAGGGUGUUGUGCAAGUGCUCAGGCCGGAAUUACCACCGAAGAUCCUAAUGCCUGCUGUCAAUCAGCCUCUCCUCCUCCAUGUUGUCAGCAGAGUGUUCAGCUCCAACCUCAGUUCCAACCUCAGUUUCAACCUCAGCUCCAAUCUCAGUUCCAACCUCAGUUCCAACCUCAAUUGCCACCUCCACUACCAUCGAUGCCAUCUCCAGGAUGUUGCUCUCAGGGGGGUGCACCUACGAUGGGACAGUCGCCAUUCUCUUGCUGUCAAUCACCUACUCCUCCUCCAUGUUGUCAACAAAGUGCUCAAUUCCAAGCUGUACCUCCACCUCCACAACCAUCGAUGCCAUCUCCAGGAUGUUGCUCCCAAAAUGGUGCACCCAUGAUGGCGGGUCAGUCGCCCUUUUCUUGCUGUCAAUCAUCUUCACCGCCUCCAUGUUGCAACCAGCCUAUGGCAGUUCCACAGUCACCACCAAUGUCCAUGCCGAGCACUGGCUGCUGCAGCAAUGCCCCCUCUCCACCGGACGCCAAUGGAGUUUAUCUUGGUAUAGCACAUCCUGAUCAGCAAUGCUGCCAAGCUGCAAAUCCGCCACCGUGCUGUUUUGGUUUACAUCUUAAGCCAGGACAAAGCAAGAACAUCAGCAUGAACGGUGGAGGGAAGAACUAUGUGUUAAGUGUACAUUUGAGCAACGCAACAAAUGUCACAGACAAUGCAACAGCUAACCCUUGUAAAAUACCAACGUGCGCACCUCCAACGAGUAUCCCUACUUCAGGUGCAAGUAGUGCCCCAACAAGUGGUCCUACAAGUGCCUCAACUGGGUCAAGCAACGCAACAUCUGGGCCAUCUAAGCCAUCUUCGGCUCCCACUUCGGGAGUAAGUGGUUCUACAGCAGGUAGUACACCAUCUCCUGGUUCCACCUUGGCCCCUGCACCUACCGGUGGACCUUCCGGUUCUACCGAGUGUCAGAGCAAAGCUCUUGCCGAACACAACGCUAAACGAACGAUCCACAAUUCUCCACCGAUGACACUCGAUCCUCAACUAAACUCAGCGGCCCAAGCGUACGCUGAAAAGCUUGCUAGCUCGAAAACAGUUGAGCACUCACCUCAAAACGAAAGGCAGGGGCAGGGGGAAAAUCUCGCCAAGCGAUGUUCGAAGCCAGACACAGGAUUUGAUUGUAAGGCUGCCACUGUGAUGUGGUAUGAUGAGGUGAAAAAGUACGACUGGGGAUCCCCAGGAUAUUCUGGUCUCACUGGCCACUUUACACAAGUGGUAUGGAAGGCGUCAACUAAACUUGGAAUCGGGAAAGCGUCCUUCGUUAAUGAUGCGGGGCUUACGUGUUACGUCAUCGUGGGACGCUACAAAGACGCUGGGAACAUUAAAGGACAAUUUCCUGCUAAUGUACAGAAGGGAAGCUAUGUUGGACGUCGUUCACAGCUCCUUGAAUAACGAAUCGUCAAAAUUUAGUGCGCAUGCACAGACAAUACUAUGUGGUGCAUACUUUCCUAGCCUGCGUUCCUUUUGGUCAGCACCGACCACUGAACAGGAGAAUUAAUAUAGAGUUUGGGUAACGAUGUGGUUCAUAUUCCUUGUCCAGCAUAAAACUUCUCAAGCGAACUCUGACUUCUUUUACCUAUCGUCCUUUUUACAAUGAAAUAUACUCACUAAUACUCAUUACCAUGGUUCAAACUAGUUUAUGUAUAAUAAGCACAUCGAGUGUAAAGAUUUGGUUUUUAGAAAACUAUUAAACAAGCAAAUGUAAUAUUCAGAGACAUGCAUUUAAACCACUUCUAGGAGUGCUUUUUGGUGCGAAAACAAGUUUUUUUCUGAAUCAUAUUAAAGUCCAUUAAAAUGUGGUUAGAUUUAUCUUUUUAAAGAUACUCAAGUAAAAUAAAAAUCAUCAUUCUAAAGCUA